AUGCGGUUUCUUAUUUCUGUAUUACUAUUUUCUUCCGUUAUUUCGGCUGUUGAAAGACCGGCGGGACUUUACAUCCGUUUGAACCAGAAGGCCGUUGACUACAUCUCAGGUAGUUUUUCCGAAAUCUUGGUCGACAAUUCUGGAACCUUCACUCUCUGAACCCAAAUGCAACAUUAAUGUCGAUCCAAACAAUCUGAAGUUCCAUGUAUUGUCUAACCUUUCAACUUCCCACAACGGAACGAUGACAUUCACUCCUCGGCUAAGAUUCAUAGCGGCUUUCAAGAAUUGGCAAGCGAUGCUUUCCCGGCGCUGUUGAACAACUUGAGUCCUCCUGACGUGGAGGCGAGUCCAGCCAAGAUCUCCCAGAUCCACAUCUCCAACGUCUCUCGUCCCGUCAUCAAAGCCAAGUUUCUUGGCGGAAAAGGUAUUUUUCUCAUUUUCCCUGACUGGGAAGUCUUCAGGAGUACGAGCGAACAUAACUUUGCCGACGUUCCUCGCCAGUGCCUAUGGCGCCGUUGACGUCUUCGUCUGGAAAUAUGAAGGUUUCUUUUAUUUUAUUCCAAAGUUUUUUUUGUCUUCAGGCGGUUUCAUGACUAGGCUGAAAGAUCUUGGCAUUCUCCUCGAAUUGCACUUUGUCACUGAAAAUGUAACAACUGUCGCAGUGAGCAAAAAUGAUCACUAUCAAGCCUUUUUCUCAUUUUUCCAGGCCACCGUGUGCAACGUAACGCAUUCAGAUUUGCUCAUCACAUUCCCACCGACGUCGACUUUGUCGUCUCUUCGAGAAGAAAUCGAGACGGCUGUCCGUUACACGGAAAAGCAAUACAAUUGCUCAGUUGUUUGCAGAUUGUCAAUCAACUCAAAAACGCCGUUUGCAACACUGCCGUCGACGCUAUCAACUACAUUUUGCAGUCCCAGCGAGUUUGUACACAAGCAGAAACAUGAAAUCAUCCAUUUGUUGGAAAGAACCCUAAUUAAAUGUUGAAUAAGCAAUUUUCAAAAAAAUUCGAAAAAAAAAUUUUGAAAAAUUUUGAAUUUUCUGGUUUUACAACCCAUACUUUAGCCGUCUGCACCGCUGGAAACAGAAGACGACAUUUCGCUGCUUGAUGACGACACGAGCUUCAGUACUGCCGAACUCGGCGCCGACCUCUGCACGGUAAUUUUAGUCUAAAAUUUUUAGAUCAAAAAAUUAUGAUUGUAGUUUUAGAUCUUAUAAUCAAAAGAAAUUUAAAGAUGGAUGAAGCAGACGGCGUCUCAAGGACGACGCCCGCGACUUUGCCGGUCGACGAGCUUAUCGAAAUCGUCAACUCCACGAAGAGUACCUGGGAUGUCGACCUGACGGUCAAGCAUCCGCCUACCUUUACAGACGACGUCAGUGUGUUACUUUCAAGCUUGAUCCUUUGUUCAUCAGGACGUCGUCGUCGGAUUUGAUGGCGGGAUCAUCUACAACGGCUGGAAGGCCGAAUCGGCUCUUGUGCCGUCUGUUUUGAACAAAACGCUGCUAGACAAAAGGGUAUGUAGUUCAAAGGCUAUCUUGGGAAAGUUGAUAGACGAGUUUCAACCUCCCCAAAAUAUAUUCAGGGUUUCGAUUUUAUGAACUUUUCAUAAAUUUAAUCGGUUUCAUCCGUAUUAUCCAAAAAAGUUUUCGGCUUGAAAGGCAAUUAAGCAUUUCAUUGCAUAUCUAAAUGUUGAAAAUGGUUGUUUUCAAGGUUUGCGAGAACUUUUGUCUUUGUGAACUAGAAGGAAUCCUUCUAAACUCAAAGUGCGUACCAAAACUAAAACCUACAGAUGGUGGGAAUAAUGCUGUCCGACUACAUCCCAAAUACACUGUUCACACACAUCUACGUGAACGACCUCGGCACGCUGCGCGAGAGAUUCGGACCCAACGACAUGCCCAAGUUCCUGCAGAAGUUGGCGCGAGCCUUUUGCGGCAAGUGCUACGUUGAGAUUCGCGCCAACCUCACAGAGUCUGAGUCUUUGCAGAGUCUUCAAAACCAACACUUUUUUAGGCAACCGAAGGUCGAAAUCAAUGGACAACUAGGCGUACGCGCCCAACUCGCCUUCAACGUCUCCGUGACGUUCCGGGGACGAGAACAGCUUCAUGACGUCAUCCACGCCAACGCCUACCUUCACGUCACCGUUCGUUCCACUGGAGUCCUUUUGAAUUUUUGAAUCAAUAUGUGCAGUUGAAACCGACUAUAAGGCAUUCUCGACUGCUUGGCGACGUCUCUCUGACCAACGUCGACGUCAACGUCUUCGAUGUUCUUUCUGAAAUAUAAGACUUUUUGGUUUUAAUCGUGUUACAUUUAGUUAGGGAUCGGAGGACCACUGGCCACUCCUAUUGAGAAGGUUUUCUCGUUCAUCGUGCCUCGAAUUCUAUGGCCUCAAGUCAAAAAACGACUUCGCUUCGCCAUGAACAGAAGAGGUAAGGACUCAUUCAUCGGAGCUUUUUUGCAUCGACACUCUCUUUCAGGAAUAAAGCUACCGGUAGUUUGUGGCGUGGAAUUCGAUCACAUGACACUGGACUACGUCAACCACGCCGCCGUCCUCAAUACGGAUUUUUCCUUCGACAUGCCUCGAUUUGUUCGAAAAUUCAAGAAUUAUGUUGCCAGAAAAGCUCAAGUCAAUCCGAAUCUGCCGCGUUACGUCGUAAUGUGA